GAAUUUUUAUUUUUUUGUGAACUAACCCUUUAAGAUAUUUUUCAUUGUUUUGUGGCCUGCAGUAGUGUAAAAGUCUGACAAGUUUUCCCCCUCCCACAGUUUGUUCAAUUACAUCAUGGAUGAACUAUCUGGCAGAGCAUGUCAGUGCUAAAACUGGGUGGAUGCUUGCAAAGUUGUGUGGAGGACAUGUAAGAUACAAGCCUUGUUUAUAUUCCCGAUUUUUGAUUUUGCCAAAAGGGCAGCUGGACCUUUUUUUCCAUUGAUACGCAAAUCUCAUUACUCUGGUGAGGGCUUUUUCCAAUGCAUGCUUUAAAUGUGUUGCUAAAUUGUGUACUUUGCUCAGUUACUUAGAUUUAAAACCUAAAUGUUUACUAAGAACUGCAUUAUUCACAACCUGCAUGUAUAUGAUGUGAUUAUUGGUGCUUGUUUCAGUGCACAACUCUUUAUAUGUACAUAAAGGAAAUCCAUGGAAAUUCCCCAGAACACAAAUCUGGCCCCAUCUGCUGUUUUUGCAGGCACAGCUGCAUCAUGCAUCAGUUACCACUGGCUGUUUGCCUGCUAUCUCUGUUCUCUGUGACUAUAGACUCAUCCAAGAAGGGACGCAACUUCACCAUCCAUUCAUCUCAGCUUAGCUGCAGUUUGCCAGGCCCUCAGGGUCCUCCAGGGAGUCCAGGUACAGCAGGUCCCAGCGGUAGCGUAGGCAAGAUGGGGAUGCCGGGGGUUGAUGGCCAGGAUGGCAAGGAUGGUGACAGGGGAGAGAAGGGAGAGACAGGUGAACAGGGUCGUACUGGGAACCCUGGAAAACAUGGACAACCAGGACGGCCAGGACUUGUUGGGAAGGCAGGGCCAAGGGGCCUAAAAGGGGUGCGUGGGGCACCUGGUGUGUCUGGAGUCCCUGGGAUCAAAGGAGAGGUGGGAAAUAAGGGGGAAACUGGUGCCCCCGGGGGCUGUGACUGUGGAACAGAGGCACGAUCUGCUUUCUCUGUUGCGGUAACUAAGAGCUAUCCCAAGGAACGCACGCCCAUUCGCUUUAACCGGAUUUUAAUGAACGAGGGUGGUCAUUACAAUGCCACCAGUGGCAAGUUUAACUGUGUAAUUCCUGGUGUGUAUUACUUCACAUAUGACAUCACGUUGGCUAACAAACACCUGGCAAUUGGGCUUGUUCACAAUGGCCAGUACAAGAUCAGAACAUUUGACGCUAACACAGGAAAUUAUGAUGUGGCUUCAGGAUCAACAAUACUCAGGCUGCAAAAAGGAGAUCAAGUCUGGCUUCAGAUCUUCUAUUCAGAACAAAAUGGACUGUUUUUUGAUCCAUUCUGGACUGACAGUCUUUUCACAGGAUUUCUUAUUUUUGCUGAUCAGGUGACACCAAAUGAAGCAAAUAUAAUGACAAAUUCUGGAUCAUCCUGAGUGAACUUUAUAUCCGUCUCAUAUACAUUUAAUUAAAUCACCCCCAAUAAUCCAGUGUUUACAGACCCACCACAUCAGUAUUAGAGCAAAAUGAGGCACAAAGUCUUACAAGUGAUUAAAGAUUAUUGAUUAAAUAUUGACAAACUUGAGUCAAGCCCUUAUGUAUUAUGAAAAACUAUUUUCUUACUACAAGUAUUUUGCAACCUUGUUCCUAAUCUUAGGCCCCUAAAAGUCAAAACACCUUUUACCUCAGUGGACUUGAAGAGUUCAGAUGCAAAAGCCUCUA